AUGGAAUCAGAAAAGGAUUCAAAUUUGUUGAUUAGUGCUGCUUGUGGUAUUAUCGCUUUGGUAUCAGCUGUUAUUAUUGCAUUUAGAGUACAAACAAAUAACGCUAAAAAAGAAGGGUCUACUGAACCAAUUCCUCUCCCACCUUGGAAUAUUAUUUAUUUGAUCUUUUUACCUUCAUUUUUGGCACUAACUUUGAAUAAAGACUUACUGCUCUAUAAUGUUGCAUUAACUUCAACCUUGUUGAAUCUUCCAUUCUUUGCUAAAAUAUUGGUCCAAAUGUCAAUUUUGGGUUCAAAUAGUGACCAUACUGAUUACAUCGUGAAUUUUAAAGUCACUGCAGGUCAUUUAGCUAUCAACUAUGUGCUGGGGCAAAUAUCCGAAUAUAAAUCUUUAGAUAAAGUUGAAGUCAAUCUGUUUAGUAUAUUGCUUACUGACUUAUACUUGAUUGAUUCAGACUCAUUAUAUGUGUUGAUUUUACAAAAGUUGUUUAUAUCAUUUGGUGCAGGAAUUGUUUUGAUAUAUUUGAUCACCAAGACAUAUAACGAAAAUAACUGGCUGAGAACUAUACUAUUGAUGUGCUCAUGGACUGGUACUUUUGUUGGUUUAACAAUGUAUCAAUUGGAUCCAAUAUUGGGUAAGAAUUCUAUUGUUUGGAUCUAUGAAUAUGCCGCUGCUACACCAACAAGAAUUCAAAUCCUAUCAAUUUGGUUAGUUUCCUUGAUUUUAUUGAUUCCAACCAUUUUCAAUUACAAAAUUCAGCUAUCUCCAAACUUCAGAAGAAAGAUCUGGCAUUUCUUAGUCCUUGGACUGAUUGUUUAUCCAUUACAUCUAGAUGCAGAAUUUGUCAAGGUCAGUUUAGCUGGUUCGUUGAUUCUAUUCUUGGUUGUUGAACAAAUCAGAUACUUGAAAUUGUAUCCAUUUGGUGUCACCCUUGACAAAAAUUUGAGGUUAUUUGCUGACUUCAGAGACGAUAAGGGUCCAAUUAUUAUUUCAUACAUAUAUUUAUUCAUUGGUAUUUCAUUACCUAUUUUAUUCAAUAAUUCAGUUGUUGGAUUAGUUGUGCUCGGGGUUGGUGAUUCGUUGGCCUCGAUAAUUGGGUCAAAUUAUGGAACAAUCAACUGGGGACGCUCUCAAAAGACUGUCGAAGGUACAAUGACUUUUGUUACAGCAUCAUUCGCUGUGUGUGCUGCUUUAAAACAAAUUGGUUGGUUCUUUCAAAACAAGACAUUCCAUUCUUUACUUUUAACAUGUACAUUAAGUGGUAUCCUGGAAGGAAAUAGUAACUUGAAUGACAACAUUUUGAUACCGGGGUUCAUGUCCAUUGUUUUGGAGAUCUUAGAUUGA